UAAAGUCCUCAUAGUUCUCAUAUGGGGGUCAGCCUUGGUUGUGGAACCUGAUGGCUACCAGCAUGAAGGACUGACCCAGGCGCUUUGUGUUGUGCCGAGGGGGGAUGACAUAACAUCAAUUUCAUUGCUGAGGCUUAAAAAUGCCCGUAUAGUUGCAGAAACACCCUUAAUAUGAAUCUCCACUAUUUUCAUCUCUCGUAAAACUGUUAUGUAAAGAAAUGUGUCAGCUGUUUUUUUAAUCUAGUCCUGUAGUGAGUCAUUAGACACUUUUAUAGCUGCAUGCUGCACAUCAUCCCCAAUAUUUCAGCUGUAGCCAUCUUUUCUAUUUUAGUGUUCAAGGUCAUGGGGGUUGAGAUGAGUCGUCAUGAUGACGCUGUCCCCACCAUCCCCCACCCUUUCUACACCUUUACUGCAAAUAAAACAAAUAUGUCUGUACUUCUACUAUAAACCACUAGAGGACCUCCUCUUUAAAUCUCUUUUAUCGGACUCCUACUCUGCUCCUACUCCAUCUCCAGCUCCCCCUCCUUCCUCCCCUGCUCUCUCACUCUCCCUCCUCCUCCACCUCCCUCCGCUGUACUCCAAUGCUAGGAACACCGGUAGAUAUCCCCUAACUUGAAUUAACAUCAACUGCAAGCGAGACGAGCGGACAAAGCACAAUCAAGCCACAUAAUCCCACCUGGACAGCAACCCACAACUGUAACAAAGCGACCACAGAGUGACUAGCUGACAGACAGAUUGACACUUGGACCAGCCGGGGAUUCACAUAAAUGGCUGACAAGCAGAUCAGUUUGCCUGCCAAAUUGAUCAAUGGGGGGAUCGCUGGCCUAAUUGGAGUGACCUGUGUGUUUCCCAUUGACCUGGCCAAGACUCGCUUGCAAAACCAGCAAAAUGGAUCUCGCCUUUACACCAGCAUGUCCGAUUGCCUUAUUAAGACCAUCCGGUCAGAGGGGUAUUUUGGGAUGUACCGAGGAGCGGCGGUGAACUUAACACUAGUCACGCCAGAGAAAGCCAUCAAAUUGGCUGCCAACGACUUCUUCAGGCAACACCUCUCCAAGGAUGGAAAACUCACUCUUCCCAAAGAGAUGCUGGCUGGGUGCGGGGCAGGUACAUGCCAGGUUAUUGUCACAACUCCUAUGGAGAUGCUGAAAAUCCAGCUCCAAGAUGCUGGACGAAUUGAGGCUCAGAGGAAGCUGAUGCCAGAGACGGUGGUGGCAGGUACUGUGCAGAAGUCCCAGACAGCCAUGCAGCUCACCAGACAAUUAUUGAGUGAAAAGGGCAUCGCUGGGCUGUAUAAGGGCCUCGGUGCCACGUUGCUCAGGGAUGUUCCUUUCUCCGUCAUCUACUUCCCCCUCUUUGCCAACCUGAACAACCUGGGCAAAAGAGGCGCAGAUGGGCCCGCUCCUUUCUACGUGUCGUUUAUAUCAGGCUGCCUCGCAGGGAGCACGGCGGCUGUCGCUGUCAACCCUGUCGACGUGAUAAAGACUAGACUGCAGUCGCUGACCCGAGGGAGCACAGAAGACACGUACAGCGGAGUGACUGACUGUAUCAGGAAAAUCCUGCGUAACGAGGGUCCAUCAGCUUUCCUGAAAGGAGCCUACUGUCGAGCCUUGGUCAUCGCACCUCUGUUUGGCAUCGCCCAGGUGAUCUACUUCCUGGGCGUGGGUGAAUUUCUCCUCAGCUUGUUGCCUAAAAAAGACAACUAAGAAGCACAUCUGCCUUUCCCUCCCACAAGGCAUCACGCCAGCCGCGUGAGGAUUUUCAUCUCAUUCUGAAAGAAAUUUUUCGAUGGGUCAAAAGCAUGACCGAUCAGUACAUGUCGUUUUUGAAUUUGUUGUGUUGAAUGUCGAAAUAGUUUAGGAGGGAGCCUUUGUUUGCCAAGCUGCCUGUGGUGGCACACAAAAAAAUCCAGAAGGCAUGCUGAGCUAGCUCUCUGGAAAUUAAGCCACAAAUAUCAGUUGAAGUUUUAAAGGAAUAUCGCUGUUUAAUUACAGCAUUUUACUGUAUUUUAUGAAUAUGAUUGUGGAAUUUUCAAAGUACAUGUACUGCCCUAGGUUGCUGCAGUCCUGCACGCCCUACACUACCUAAUUUUACACAGCAUUAGUCUCUGAAUGACCGAGACUAAUGCGUGUGAUCUAUUGACAAUUAUACACCAUAACUAACUAAAAAAAAUGCACAUACUUUACUUAGAAAGAUAUUUGAGAACAUUAGAAGAAGAGACUAUUUAAUGAAAUGCUAUUCAAAGAAUUCCCCCAGACCUUAUGUCUUAAAAGAUAGUAUACUUGGAAUUAAAACUAUAGUAUGGCCUCUGUGUGGGAAUGUGAUGAGCUAUGAUCUGUCCUCAGACGCCACAUCCCUUCCUGUAAGAGGUUGUAAUGAACUCAGCCAUUCAGCUCCGAGCAGCAGACUUUCAUUGCCUUGGCUUUUUAAAUAGAUCAGGUUCCAUCUGAUAUUUAGAGCUACCACAAUGAUUCGACUGUUUUUCCUCCGUGAAAAAAAGAUAUCUCCUGUUUCGUAGUCGCACCCUAGACUGAAGGGACAACAUUUGGGCAUUACGCGCUACCAAACUACACACACGCAUUGUUUAAAACUGCCUCUGCGCUUCUUUCUGUUGGUCGAAAAACUGUCAAGGAUGUUGUAGUUGUGGCCACACCCCAAUCAGUGAUGUUACAGCGGGGGGUUUUGCCUUCAAGGGAUGAUGGGAAACACAUGCUGUGACAUCAUCAGUGAUUGGAUUGUGGCCAAAAGUGCUGCACGCUUUAAAAAAAAUGUCAGUUCACAAAGAGCGGUUUUCUGCCCUGUGUGACUCAUUGUGGGUUCAGAUAAAAGCUCUGAGCACUAAAUGGGUUGCAAUUUUAAUAGAAUGCCAGAUUAUGAGUAGAUAUUUAGUAAUUAUGCUGACAAAUGGUCAGACAUCACAUGCUGAGGCCUCAGGAGUACAGUCAUCCAUUGUGGAGCCAGUAAGACCUUAGCUGGGCUGUGGUCGAAAAGUCUUUCUUGCUUAGGAAGGUUCCUAGCGGAGUGAAAUGACCCGGAAGUAUCUCCGUAGCAGCCAUGAUGAGAGCUGUUCGAAUUCUCUAAAUGCUAAAGAAAGGUGCUUCCUUUCUUAUCUCCUUUAGCAUAGGAUACACUGGACCAUCCUUUACCAAAGGAAAGGAGAUAAUGCCACCCCACAAUUCCUUGUGGCCUCAACUUUUAAAGCGACGCCCCAAUCUGCCAUUCAUGAAAACAAACAAUAUGCUUAUCUUGCAUAUUAUUUUCAUACAGUCAUAUACUAAUUGGGAUUCAUGUUGAUAAAUAUGAGUGGGCAUGUUUGAAUAAGUAACAAUUAAGUAAAAAACAAAACAAGAAUAAACAAACAAUAAAUACAAUGAACUGUAAACAUAGCAAACAAAUAAUCAACAUGAAUAAAUAUUAUGUCCGUAAAGGAGUAGAAAGAAAUGUAAUGGUUCUACUCCUUCACCAUAACUAAAAAAAUAACUCAAUAUUUGUCUUAUAAACUUUGUGGUAACCCAAAGUUAUUACUUUUUUAUUUCAAUUCCAACCUGUGGUGGACCUGAAGUGAUAUUUUUCACUGGUAUCUCUCUUUUACACACCGCGGCUGAGGCAACCUGUCUCUGAAAGAGCUAUUUAAGAACGCACAGGGCGAGCAUGCACCUUUUGUAGUCCAUCCACAGAACAUUGUAGUUUCACCACAGCAGACCAUCAAUAACCACCGUUGUGUCAUCAUUACAGAGCCUAGUGUAAGUACAGUCGGAUUCUCUGAACACCACGGUUGUCUUUUCCUGAGUCCUUCUGAAUUCUCCUUCACACCUUUCCUUGACCUCAUGAUGUUUUCCAUCGAGGUCAAGGAAAAGUGGUUAAGAAAAGACAUUAGACGUAAUUUUUUGACUUUUCGACCACAGCCCUGCAGUAGUUCAAACCCCUCAGAUCCAGACAUAAUCAUUAUUGUUUACAGAUGAGUUCAUUUAAAUUCUUUGUCCGAACUUGAAUCUAGUGGCAGGACCCAAAGAGCUAAUGACAAACCUUUCUUUAUCAGAAAAUUAAACCAAUGUGUUGUCAGCGUUCUAUGAUUUUUACCAAACAUCUCGGCCUGUUUGCUUUAGAGGUUUUGUUUGCUUUAAGCUGCGAGGGAAAGCGGCCCAGUCGUAUCUUGUUGAUGCAUCACAACACUGAAGCGCUGCCAUUGGUUUAUCUCGCCGGAGAUCAAGGUGACUUUGAUGGGUAUUACCCAAUCACAUUCCUUCCUCGCUCCCACUGUUCAAGCAGCUCGUCACUUGUACCGUUGCACUGUAGAUGCAACUUUUCAAUGUAUUAUCAUUUGUGGGAGUGAGGUCUAUUUAUCGAUAUUCCUUUCUAUAUAGGCUGUAUAGCACUAUAUAUUUGUAUGUGUUGUUUUUUUCUGUGACAAAGUGUCCACCUUAACUAUAUUGUACAGAUGAUAUGAACUUUAUGUUUUAGGAUUAAUUGUUUGUUUUGUACAUGAUGGCUUAUUUGCACACCUACCUCUCCAGCUCCCCCCCCCCUCAAUCCAUUUGAUUUUAUGUUAUGAUGGUGACAUGUCAAAUGAAGGAACAUGUUUUAAUGCAACAAACAUUAUUUUAACUUAAAUGCAGCAUAUUGAUGAGGUUUUUUUUACUGUAUGCAAAGGGGAACACUAGAAUAGAUCAAGGAUGGGUUUUUUGGAGGUGCCAUUUCUCCUGAGCUAUUGGUUAAGUUGGGUCAGUCCUGUUUCCCAAAGUUUUAUCAACUAGGACCAAACGGAACAUCAUGUAAUGAUGGUAGGAAUGUAGUUUUAAGUGAAUGACCUGUGGCACUACUGAAACAGCUCUGAAAGUGAGAUACAGCCUGGACAAGGCCAAUAGGGACCCGCUGAUGUCAGACUGUAAAUCGAACAUCUGUGAAUGGUGCUUCUUUCAUGAGGUAGCUGCAAUAUGACAUUGAUGGCACCAACGACCAAGGCUGUGCCGACUGAAUCACAUGCUCGCAUGCGUUAAUCAAUGUCUUAACUGAAAGCCAUAGGUCAGGGAGGGGCAACAGAACUGCUAGACGUGGACUGGCACUUCCAGCCAUGUCGACAGAUGACAGCUGAGCCACAGGAGAAAAAAAACCUGUCGACUCGUGUGAGCUCGUUGUCUUUAUAAUAAAUUACUGUCGUAGUUUUUCAACAUUCCGAUCGCCAGUUCAUCUCAUAUAUGCUGUUAUUGUAUUGAUGCCUAUUUUUGUGUUGUUGAGAUUAUUGUUAUGAUUUUUGAACCUCCCCAACCCUCCCAUGUUGUUUUCAGAUUUUUUUUUUAAUCCGUUUCUUUGGUUGAAUCUUGAAAAUGUUGUGCAAGUCAUUUUGUUUUACUCAGCUGUGAAUUUUCACUGACCUUGUGCAUUUGGUUAAAUACGUGCGUGUGUGUGUGUGUCUGACUGUGUAGUGCUGUAGUCGACGUGUAGUUGUUAGUGUGACACUGCGGUAUUUUUCUCUUUGAUUGUCAGACCCAUGCUCUGUCUCCCUUUUUCCUUCUCUCUUUCACACUCCUCUGCCAUGUACUCUGACCAGCACCUACAGCUGGGGCUGCAGGUACAUGCAGAGGAGCUCUAAAACACCAAAUGUAUGACUUAUAGAGUGUAUACAAUCAAAGAAAGCACAAAGGAUUAUUAGGCACAAGAGACCACGUGGCCCACUUUUAAUAUACUCAGACAAAGUCUUUGGAAAGCUGCUUUUGCAGAUAUGGAUUAAAGUCUGGUUUAUUUCUGUGGAGAUGUCGAUUGAGAUUAACUUUUUAGUCUUGUAAAAGAGUUUAUCUAUGUCUGUUUAAACUUGAUCCAUAGGGCUGAGACGACAGGUCAUUGUAAGAGACCCGUGUGAUGGUGUCCACUACGUCACCCAUCAGCAGUUAUCCACAAAAUGUAUAUCGCCUACAUAUUCUAAAUGAAUCAGAUAUAAGAAUGUAUCUUAGAUAUUAUGAGAUGUAUUAUAAUUAUAGUGAAGAGUUUAUUAAUAUAAAGAUUUGUGCUUUACACAUUCACUGAAAACAUUCACAAACCAGCUCACUGAUAUGCAAUAAGUAGGAGCCACACACACACUAGAAGGAAACACAAACACAAUGUGUGAUGCAAGCGGGGACCUUGGAGGCCGUCUGGGCCUCUGUUGUCUUCCUCCAAGAGGAAUUGUGCAUUAUGGCACUUUAAAACAAGGACCUUCACCCCACUGUCCAUCUACAAACUCUCUCUGUGGCAAAGAGAUGAAUAUGUGUGCUGAAUGACACCGUUGUUCUAGACAUUGUUGACCAUGCAAUUGAAAAAAACAAAAACAAAUAUUGUGUUCCCUGUCACAAUUUGCUGUUCAAUAAACUGACUGUCCUGAAAUCGC